UAAUAAAACCCACACGGCCACACACAACACAACAUAAGUCUCCACGCAGCAGCAGUAGCAAUUGCGGGGUUCAAUUUCUUCAAUCUGACAGUGAUCGGUGAAAUAAAGUAAAUUAAGUAAAAUUAUUCCUUAAAUUAAUUAAGCGCACACACACACACACACACAUAUAUAUAUAUAUUAGGUAGUAGUAAGAAGGUGGUUUCAGGAGGAAGUAGGAAGGGGGUGGAUGAUGUCGAAACUACCGGAGAAGGAGUAUCAUUGUGUGGGUGAAAUGGAAAUUGUGAAAGCAGCAAAACCUGGUUUUCUAAUUGGUUCUAUCCCUGUUUCUGUUUCUACUAAUAAUGAUACUCCCUUUGCUUCUUCUGCUCUCGUUCCUUCUUCUUCAUCCCCUACUACCACACCCACUCCUGGGGAAGGAGCGCCUCGAUACAGGGUGAUUCCGACUCAGACUAAUCUAAACACUCUUCCUCCUCCCAAUAUCAUCCCCGAUCAAGUUCUUCCCUUGGUUUCUUCUGCUCAUUCCUACGCACCCACCGCACCACCAGAUUUACCAUAUGAAAGUGGGGCUAUGGCAUCUAACCUUAGAAGGAAAGGAGAAGCCCUUGCUGUAUCUGGUUUAACAGAAUAUGGAGAUGAAAUUGAUGUUAUUGCUCCAGCUGACAUUCUGAAGCAAAUAUUUAAGAUCCCAUAUUCUAUGGCUCGGCUUUCGAUUGCUGUGCAUCGUAUUGGACAGUCUCUUAUAUUGAACACAGGGCCUGAUGUUGAAGAGGGAGAAAAGUUGGUUAGAAGACAUAAGCAGGCACAUAGUGCAGAAAAGUCUUUGUUUUUGAAUUUUGCCAUGCAUUCUGUCAGGAUGGAGGCAUGUGAUUGCCCAUCGUCUCAAAACUCCCAGUCAGAAGAGCUUCUCAAUUCAUCUUUUCUACCCGUAAAUGGGGAUACUGAUACAUCUGAGGGACACCCUUUGCCGUAUUUUGGACAGCGAAAGGACAGUCAUCAAGAGGAAGUCGUUGAAUGCUCUGACUACUCACAAGCACAAAACGAUAGUUUCUUUUUGGGAGGGAAGAAGAAACAAAGAAACAAAGAACGUGAUGCUGUUAACAAGGUUUCACAGGUGAAAGAAAAGCCUAGACCUUCAAUGCAAGAGUCCGAUAUGUAUAGAAGAAUGAACCGAGAUGGAUUCUUGAGGGUUCUAUUUUGGAAAUUUAAUAAUUUGAGAAUGUUUUUGGGGAGUGACUUGCUCAUAUUCAGCAAUGAGAAAUAUGCUGCAGUGAGUUUACACUUAUGGGAUAUUUCGAGACAGGUUACACCACUGACUUGGCUUGAAGCUUGGCUCGAUAAUGUGAUGGCAAGUGUACCCGAAUUAGCCAUUUGUUAUCAUAAAAAUGGUGUUGUACAGGGAUACGAGCUACUGAAAACCGAUGAUAUUUUUCUGUCCAAAGGUGUAUCAGAAGAUGGCACUCCAGCCUUUCUUCCUCAUAUUGUCCGACAAAAUGGCUAUUCUGUUUUGCGUUUCCUUCAAGAAAAUUGCAAGCAAGAUCCUGGAGCUUAUUGGCUCUACAAAAAUGCUGGUGAGGAUAACAUUCAACUUUUUGAUCUAUCUGUUGUUCCCAAGAGUCAUGCCUCCAAUAGUUGUGAUGAUUACUGUGGCGCCUUUAUACCUUCUCUGAUCAAUAGAGGGAGAAGUGAUUCUUUACUCUCUCUAGGAACUCUACUCUACCGUGUUGCUCACAGACUCUCACUUUCAAUGUCUUCUCAUAACAGGGGAAGGUGUGCAAGUUUGUUAAAGAAAUGUCUCGAUUUUCUUGAUCAGCCAGAUCAACUGGUUGUACGUGCAUUUGCUCAUGAACAAUUUGCAAGGUUACUUUUAGAUUGUGAUGAAGAUUUAGAUUUGACAACAGAAGUGUUGCCGCUGGUCUCUGAAGAAACUGUAGUUCAUGCUGAAGAAGAGCCAGAUGAAUGCUUCAAUGGGCUCUCUGAAUUAAUAAUCCAUGACUAUUUGAGCCCUAACAAAGAGGAUGAAUGUCGUCGAGAUGCACCUAGAUCCGGAGAACUUUUGGACCCAAUUGAGACAGAAUCGAGUGAUACUGUAGCCCAACCAACUUAUAACUCGGUGGUUCAAGCUAAUGUUGAUACAAUCUCCUCUAAAUUAGCAGCAAUACACCAUGUAUCUCAAGCUAUUAAGUCUCUAAGAUGGACACGACAACUUCAAGGCUCUGAAAAUUACGAAAAACCCAAUCAUAGUUCAUCUUUACCAAUUGACUUCUCUGUUUGUGCAUGUGGUGAUACUGAUUGCAUUGAAGUUUGUGAUAUUCGAAAGUGGCUUCCGACAUCAAAACUAGAUGACAAGUUAUGGAAGCUCGUUCUGCUGCUUGGAGAAUCUUAUCUGGCCCUUGGAGAGGCCUACAUAGAUGAUGGUCAGUCAUAUCAAGCCUUCAAAGUUGUUCGUUUAGCAUGUUUAGUUUACGGGUCCAUGCCACAACAUCUUGAAGAUUCAAGAUUUAUCUCAUCAAUGAGUUCCAGUUCAUUUGAAAUAGAUAUCCAGGAUACAAAAACCAUAGUAGCUCAUUAUCUUUUCUGGUCUAAAGCCUGGACAUUAGUGGGAGACGUGUAUGUUGAAUUUCACUUGGAGAAUCAAAAGAUGGUAGAAACUGAUGGAAAACCACCUGCUAGAGAAUUAAAAAUGUCUCCUGAAGUUCAGAAGGAACUCGAAAGACUCAAGAAAAAACUUGGGAAGUCUUACCAUAGCUGCUCUUCUUGUUCAUUGGUCAAUUGUAGCUGCCAGAGUGAUCGGGCUAGUAGUGGCAGUAGUGCAAGUAGUAGUAGCAGUAGCAGUAAUAACCGGCCAUUAUAUGGGAAAAAGCAUUCUGAAAAACCCUUUUCUAGGAGCUUAUUGAAAAAUCCCCUAAAUGGAAUUGAAGUGGAGAAGUCUUGUAAAGAGACCGAACCUAGUUCAACUGAGACAAAAUUGAGGAAUGGUGGAAUUUUCAGAUACCUUCAUGGUUAUAAUGACCAAAAAGAUGCAGACCAUAAUCUGACUUCUGCUUUGGAUUGUUAUGAAGAAGCCAUACAAUGUUUAAAUGGUCAUUCUAGUAAUCAUACCGAGUUACAGUCCCUUUCCAAGAAGAAAGGAUGGGUCUGCAAUGAGUUAGGCCGAAGAAGGUUGGAUCGAAAAGAAAUUUCCAAAGCCGAACAAGCUUUUUCUGAAGCUAUUAGCUCAUUUAAACAGGUUUCUGAUCACAAAAAUAUCGUCCUAAUCAACAUGAAUUUGGGUCAUGGAAGACGAGCAGCAGCUGAGGAGAUCGUAUCACAGCUGGAGCAUCUCAGAAAUCAUCUAGGUUUCAAUAAUGCUUUCAGUCAAAAGCUGGAAGCUGCAAAAUUACAGUAUUGCGAAUCACUCAGAUUCUACAAAGCAGCGAAAAAAGAAGUAGAUGCCAGUGAUACUACGUGUGAUCUUAGCAAUGAAGUAUAUACCCAAUUUGCUCAUACAUAUCUAAGGCUUGGAAUGCUUCUUGCAAGAGAAAAUACAACAGCUAAAGUUUAUAAAUUUAAAAUGGAAUUUGGGAAGCAUGAGAUUUCGCCUAAUGAUGCACUUAGCGAGGCUUUGUCUAUGUACGAGUUAUUGGGCGACCUAAGGAAACAGGAGGCAGCUUAUGCAUAUAAUCAGCUUGCUUGUCACCAGAGAGAUUGUUGCUUGAGAUUCUUGGAGAUGGAUUUGAAGAAAAGUAAUAUAUCCAAAGGUGAAAACAGUGUACUUCAAAGAGUUAAACAGUACGCCUCUAUGGCCGAGAGGAAUUGGCAGAAAUCUAUACAGUUUUAUGGUCCGAAAACACAUUCUACGAUGUAUUUGACCAUUUUAGUAGAGAAAGCGGCUUUGUUGUACAGCCUGUCAAAGUCAUCUCAUGCGUAUAUGACACUUGAAUCUGCUCUGAAUAGUUUGCUUGAAGGACGCCACGUCCCUGUAGAUAGAGCUGCUUCAAAAAAUGAAGAUUUUAGAGUGUUUGAAAGAUUUUGGAGUCAGCUGCAGAUGACAUUAAAGAGUAUGCUAGCAAUCACUCUGCCUGCAAGCGCAAAGAAAUCUGUUGUUUCUUUCCAGCAGACUGGAGAUGUCAAGAAACUAAAGGAACUUUACAAAUUAUCGUUGAAGACCACAGACUUCAGUCAGUUGCAUGCCAUCUACAGAUUGUGGGUGUCAUAAAUGGUUGGGUCUUGCCGGUUUGGUAAUUGUUGGGGUAACGACUUAGACUUUUUCUUUUGUUGUGUAGCUACAUGCCCAAUCUUAAUUAUAGAUAUGGGCAGCAAAAUGGUUGGGUCUUGCCAGUUUGGUAAUGGUUGGGGUAACGACUUGGACUCUUUCUUUUGUUGUGUAGCUACAUGCCCAGUCUUGAUUAUAAAUACGUGCAAUUCUCUAGAGGAAUGCCAUCUUAUCCAA